AUGCCCACAGACAAGAAAACCGAGAAGAAGCUAACUGAACUGCUAGUGGCUAGAAAGGCAGUAUAUGUGGUGCGCGAUUCGGUGGAAAAUUUCGUUCAACGUUACGAUAAUGACCGUGAUGCUUGCCAGAUUUUCGUCCGUUUGGAAUCGUUGGACAAAAUGUACCAGGAAUUCCAUCAAGUGCAGAGUGAAAUCGAAAAAAUAGACGAUGCUGAAAUGUUAGAUACCCAUCUUAUUGAACGAUCUGAUCUGGAAACGCGCUAUUGUGUAGCGAAAGGAUUUUUGCUUUCCCGAAGAGCACCCGAUCUGAACCAAACGGGGCUCAAUACGUCUAUCAUGCCCGCGCCACAUACCCCUUCCAACACCUUCCACUUAAGACUGCCUAAAAUCGAUCUCCCAAAAUUUAAUGGAGAUUUUACAAAAUGGUUGUCGUUUCGGGAUACAUUCAGCUCCAUGGUUCACUCAAACGCUGACAUCCCCAUGGUUGCAAAAUUGCAGUAUCUGCUGCAAUCUCUCCAAGGUGAAGCACGAAAACCUUUCGAAAGUGUCGAUAUUGAGGCAGACAAUUAUGCAUCGGUGUGGGAUGCAUUAUUAAAACGAUACGAUAAUCGUCGGUUCCUGAAAAAGCAGCUGUUUAGAUCAAUUUACGAUCUCCCACAAAUGAAAAGAGAAUCUGCUCAGGAAUUGCACGAACUUAUUGAUGAAUUCCAACGCCACGUGAAAGCUUUAGCGAAGUUGGAGGAACCAAUCCAAUAUUGGGACACUCCAUUGAUUAACAUUCUAUGCUACAAGCUCGACCCAGCAUCAUUGCGUGCCUGGGAGGAACGAAGCAGUCAAAUGGAAGAGGUUAGCUACGAUGCUUUAAUAGAAUUCCUUCAUCAAAGAGUGCGCAUACUGAAAUCUGUUGCGUCAGAUUUAUUACAACGUUCGCAGUCUAAUCAUACCAGAAUGCCCGGUGUGAAUCAGAUCCAGAAAAAAGGCUUUCCCCCAAGAACAGUAGCCAAUGCUGUUGCCUCCCAAAGUAACCCGUCAGUGCCAUCGUGUGUCGCUUGCCGCGAGAAUCACUAUUUGUUUCAAUGCUCAACCUUUGAAAAAAUGUCAGUAAGUCAGCGUCGGGAGCUGAUUACCCAACGCAAACUAUGUUGGAAUUGCUUCCGUACUGGUCAUCAAGCGAGAACCUGUGGAUCCAAAUACAAGUGUCGUGUGUGUCAUGAUCGUCAUCAUACGUUAUUGCAUGAUUUCUCUCCAUCGAAUUCUUCUCCAGCGGUGACAAUACCUGUUCCAGAGCAGCAACCGAAUCCACCAUCGUUCGCACUCCCAGGAAAGGCAGGGCCUUCCAAUGUUCAAGUUAGUUUAGCGGUUCAGUCUCGUCCAAGUACAGUUUUAUUAGAAACAGUUUCCCUUCACGUCGUCGAUGAUUAUGGACACAUCUUUGAAGCUAGAGCUCUAUUAGAUUGUGCCUCGAUGUCGAAUUUCAUAUCGAAAAGGCUUGCCAAUCUGCUCUGCAAUCGCCAAUCCAAAGUAAAUGUUAAUGUUGCGGGAAUUGGUCAAUCCUUGAAAACAUUAAAGCGCACUAUAACCGCAAUAGUCAAAUCUAGAGUUUCUCCAUUUUCCACGAAGCUUGAGUUUUUGGUAAUCGAAACACCCACUAAUGAUUUACCAACCGUACCCGUACAAGUCAGCUCGUGGAAUAUUCCGAAUGUUGCUCUCGCGGACCCGAAAUUUCACACUACCAGCCAAAUAGAUGUUAUCAUUGGCGGAGAAACAUACUGGGAAUUGCACACAGGCAAGAAAAUCUCCUUAGGAUCCGGCCAACCUCAAGUUAUCGAAACCCUCUUCGGCUGGACAGUUUCCGGUUCAACAUAUCAAGAUGCUUCACCCACAACGCUAGACUGUUUUGUUUCAACUGCUGAAAGCAGACUCGAAGAUGCAGUACAGCGAUUUUGGGAACUAGAGACACUAGUAGAGCAAAAUACACAGUCUCUUUCAGAAAAACGCUGCGAGGAAUUUUAUGCUUCCACCACAAUAAAAAACUCUUCUGGGCGAUACGUCGUUCGUCUUCCGAAGACCGAAAACACUGAGAUCGUUCUAGGAAAUUCUAGGCUUAUAGCUGAACGCAGAUUCCACAGCCUCGAGCGUCGGUUAGACCGUGAUCCCGUCGUAAAAUCAUCCUACCACCAAUUCAUGCAUGAGUACGAGCAAUUGGGGCAUAUGAGACGAAUUUGUGACCCUGUCGACGAUUCAAUCGAACACUGCUACCUCCCACAUCACCCGGUAUUUAAACUUUCGAGUACCACCACGAAGACUAGGGUAGUCUUUGAUGCGUCAUGCAAGACGGCAUCUGGAUACUCGCUGAACGACUGCUUGCUCGUAGGCCCGGUCGUCCAACAAGAUUUGUUAUCUUUGGUCAUGCGCUUCCGAACACACGCUAUUGCAUUGGUGGCCGACAUAGAAAAAAUGUACCGACAGGUACAGGUACAUUCAGAGGACCGACCGCUACAAAGAAUCCUAUGGCGCAACAACGUCAAGGACCCCAUCGCCUCGUAUGAGCUACAGACCGUUACGUACGGCACAGCCUCCGCACCGUACCUUGCCACUAAAACCCUCAAGCAGUUAUCAAUUGACGAAAGUCACAAUUUUCCCGCCGCUGCUGAUCCUGUAUCUAACGAUUUUUAUGUUGACGAUUUUUUGUCUGGAGCUGAGGAUGUCCAGACAGCCCGUGAAAUUCAACGUCAAGUUACACUCAUGCUUAGCACCGCUGGUUUCCCACUAAAAAAGUGGGCAUCGAAUUCAUCGGAUGUGUUAAAAGGCAUUCCGUCUGAGGACCGUGCAAUUCAACCAUUUGUCGAUAUGCAAGACGAACAAUCCAUAAGCACACUCGGUUUGAUCUGGGAGCCCAAAACCGACACCUUUCGUUUUAAAGUGGACUUACCGUUGCCAGCAGCUGUUUUGACUAAAAGAAAUGUGAUGUCCUACAUAGCUCAAAUCUUUGAUCCUCUUGGUUUGGUAGGUCCCACCAUCAUGAAGGCAAAAUUAUUCAUGCAGCAUUUGUGGACACUAAGGCAAGCUGACGGUAAUCGGUUCGAUUGGGAUCAACCAUUGCCACCGAAGCUGCAAAAUGCGUGGAAGGAAUUCCACACCACCAUAGAUAUUUUACGCCAAAUUAAAAUACCACGAUUCGUAUCGCUGCCAAGUGCAAUCAAGUUCGAAUUGCAUUUUUUCGCCGAUGCAUCCGAAAGAGCGUACGGAACAUGUUGCUACGUACGCGCUGAAACAACACACCAAAUAUCUGUUCAGCUUAUGGCAUCAAAAUGUAAAGUAACACCACUUUCAACACAUCACACUAUCGCAAGAUUAGAGCUCUGUGCUGCCCGGUUGGCUACACAGCUCUAUAAAAAGGUGUCCGGCUCCCUGAAAAUCUCACCUACACAAGUUCACUUUUGGUCAGACUCUACGACUGUUCUACAAUGGCUACGCUCAGUGCCAGGACGCUGGAAGACAUUUGUGGCCAACCGUGUUUCGUAUAUCCAGCAAGCAACUACGAUCGACAAUUGGAAACAUAUUGCCGGCGUCGACAACCCUGCAGACGAUAUCUCGCGGGGACUGAAUCCACCAGAAAUUGUAAACAGCACACGAUGGUGGACCGGACCUAGUUGGCUUACCCUCGCUUCAGAAUUUUGGCCGGUUGGAGCUCUACCAACUGAUGAACUACCCGAAACUAGAACGGAAGGCAAAAACGUUCCGUUAGUCGCUAUGUCUACGACACAAUGCAGCUUCAAUGAGUAUUUAUUCGCUCGAUAUUCGGAUUAUUCACCAUUGCGACGAACUACAGCCUAUUGCCUUCGUUAUCUACAAAAUUUGCGCAACCGUUCCAUCGUUCGCAAAACCAACCCAACAUGUUAUACUAAACUCACUCUUCGUCACGUGAAAAUUGAUUCAUCUUAUGCACUCGACAGUGAAGAACUUUUUUCAGCCGAUAUUGCACUGUGCCGAAUGGCACAACAAGACAGUUUUUGGGAAGAACGCAACAACAUCGCCAAUGGCAUUCAAUUAUCCAAGCCCAAUACUCUCAAAUGGCUUAAACCUUUUUUGGAUUCAAUGGGAGUCAUUCGAGUUGGCGGUCGUUUAGAUAAUGCCGCACUAUCUGAGAAAGUGAAACAUCCGAUAUUGUUAAAGGGCAAUCAUCCUUUGAGUACCCUUAUAGCUAACUAUUAUCACAAGGUUCUUCUACACGCUGGUCCGCAAUUAAUGCUAGGAACUCUACGUCAGAAAUAUUGGUUUCUUGGAGGAAGAAAUCUUGUGCGUCAAGUAUACCAUAAAUGCCAUACAUGUUUUCGUUUCAAGCCAGUGUUGAUCAAGCAAAGCACCGCUGAUUUGCCAGCAUCACGCGUCACCCCCACUCGCCCAUUUUCUGUUUGCGGAAUCGAUUAUUGUGGGCCCUUCUUCAUAAAGUCAGCUGUCCGAACGCGUGGUCCAACGAAGGUGUACGUUGCCAUUUUUAUAUGCUUUUCUACUCGAGCGGUGCACAUUGAACUUGUGGGUGAUCUCUCCACCGCUGCCUUUUUGGCCGCACUCAGACGCCUAGUUGCUCGACGGGGAAUAAUCUGUGAACUGCACUCCGAUAACGCCACAGCAUUCAAGGGAGCCGCCCAUGCACUCAAUAAAGUAUAUCGAAUGUUGAAGCUGGAAGAACCGGAACGAAAUAAGAUUUUUGAUUGGUGUGCGAACCACGGGAUAAAGUGGAAGUUCAUUCCGCCCAGAGCUCCUCACUUCGGAGGCCUCUGGGAAGCCGCCGUAAAAUCUACUAAAUUUCACCUUCUGAAAGAAAUGCGUAACACUACUCUCGCAUAUGAAGACAUGCUAACGUUACUCGCACAGGUGGAAAUGUGCCUCAAUUCACGGCCAAUUACACCAAUACCGUCGGAAUCGUCAGAUUUAGAGGCCCUGACACCGGGACACUUCCUGGUAGGCUCUAAUCUUCAAGCUGUCAGCGAACCACCCUUAAUAAGUAUACCAGCAAACCGGCUCAAUCAUUGGGAGCAAACCCAGCAACAUGUACAACGUAUCUGGGCUCGAUGGUACCCGGAGUAUCUCCAACAACUGCAGUCUCGUGCAUCAAAUAGCUGCAGUCCGCCAGUUAAAAUUGAACCAGGAAGAAUUGUCGUCGUUCGAGAAGAUAAUGUGCCACCAACCAAGUGGCCGCUUGCGAAGAUCACCGCCAUACAUCCUGGAAAAGACGGAAUCGUUCGAGUCGUCACACUAAAAACAGCCGCUGCAGACAACGUCGUUCGACCCGUAGCAAAAAUUGCUUUGCUUCCGAUGCCCACUGAUGGCAUCCUGCCAACCAUCGAUCGUUAG